AUGACCUUCGCGGAGCGGCACCCACCCAUCCUUGACGGCGCUUGCCCUCUCGCCACGCUUACGAUCACGUGGGCCCAUCACCGAGCGCUCCACGGGGGCUUUCGCAAUACCAGCGCGUAUGCCGUCAAGCGUGCUUGGAUCAUCGGUGGCUUCCGGAAAGUCACGGCUUUCCUACGCAGUUGCGUUACUUGUGCUCGCCUCCAAGCCCGAUCAGCUGUCCAGUUGAUGGCUCCUCUUCCGCAAUCACGAGUUACUUCCUUCCACGCCUUUAGUCGCCUUGGGAUCGAUUACGCCGGGCUGUUCCACGUGCUCGCAGCUAAGGGCCGAGGCGUUCGCACCACGAAGGGUUACAUUGCCAUAUUUGUCUGUCUCACCACGAAGGCACUACAUCUGGAGCUCGUAGGCAAUCUAUCAACCGUCUCCUUUUUUGCGGCUCUCACCCGCUUCUCUGCUGACACCGAGUUGCGCGACGCACUCCAUCUUGCUGAGCACUGGUGGGACCUUGUCGCAAGUGCCCUAGCAGAUCAAGGUAUCGAGUGGCAUUUUAUUCCACUCGGAGCCCCUCACUUUGGAGGUCUCUGGGAGGCCGCGGUCAAGUCCGUCAAAGGUCAUCUCCGACGAGUCAUGGGCUCGCGGCACCUGACGUACGAGGAGUUCUCAACCGUCUUGAUCGGGAUCAAAGCUGUCCUCAACAACCGACCCCUCACUCCACUGUCGGGCGACACGGACGACCUGGGCAUGCUGACCCCCGGUCACUUCCUCAUCGGAUCACCCCUCAAUUUAAUUAUUGAGGCCGCGCCACCUGAUGAGGAUCUCCACCAUCUGGCUUACUGGGAGCUUUUCCGUGGCAUUAAAGCACAAUUCUGGGCCCGAUAG